CGGAUCUACUUCUUUGUUAAAGAAAUACCCACGAGAUUUAUUCAACAUACAACCAACAAUGGGUUUUAAGAAGCUCUAGCUACUUUUGUUGCCAUAAAUGAAGACCCACUGAGCUGACCAUUCCCAGCGUAAAAUCCGGCCUUCUCGCUCGUCUUCACCGGCUGAUUUCACCAGAAUGGAGGACACUUACAAUAACAGGACUUCCCUGGUUAAAGGGGCCAAGGAUAUAGUCAAGGAGGCAAAGCGGCAGACAGCAAAAAAGGUCAACAAGGUGGUGGACCGUGCAGCAGAUGAGUAUUCAUCCCACCACAACUACUCACGAUUCCAGGACGAUGCGGACGACGAUGACGAGGAUUUCUACAGGAAUCAACCUCGGCAAGAUGGAGAGGGUUACCGUGACAAUGACGAGGGCUCCAGCGAUGCCACCGAGGGCCACGACGAUGAGGACGAGAUCUACGAGGGCGAGUACCAGGGGGUUCCUUCCACGGGCGACAGGAAGCAUAAGGAGGGCCAAGUGGCCCUCGGGCAACCCGUGUCGGACGCAAUGAGGGACAGGAAGGAGCUGGAGCGGGAGCGACAGGCUGAUGAGGAGGAGCUGGCACAGCAGUACGAGCUCAUCAUCCAAGAGUGCGGCCACGGGAGGUUCCAGUGGCAGCUGUUCCUGGUUCUGGGACUGGCGCUCAUGUCAGAUGGCGUUGAGGUGUUUGUGGUGGGCUUUGUGCUUCCAAGUGCUGAAACAGACAUGUGUGUACCUGACUCCAGUUCAGGAUGGUUAGGUAGCAUUGUUUACCUGGGCAUGAUGCUGGGAGCCUUCUUUUGGGGAGGAAUGUCUGACAAAGUGGGCCGCAAGCAGUGUCUCCUCAUUUGCAUGUCCACAAACGGCUUCUUCGCCUUCCUGUCGUCUUUUGUCCAGGGAUACGGCGUCUUCCUUGUUUGUCGCCUGGCCGCAGGGUUCGGGAUAGGAGGUGCAGUGCCUAUUGUUUUCUCUUUCUUUGCAGAGGUUUUAUCGAGGGAGAAAAGAGGAGAACACUUGAGCUGGCUGUGUAUGUUUUGGAUGAUUGGCGAGAUCUACGCAUCCGCCAUGGCGUGGGCCAUUAUCCCGCAUUAUGGAUGGAGUUUCAGCAUGGGCUCGGCCUACCAGUUCCACAGCUGGCGAGUGUUUGUGGUCGUCUGUGCCCUCCCUUGUGUGUGUGCUGUGGUAGCACUUACCUUCAUGCCUGAAAGCCCCAGAUUUUACCUGGAGGUGGGGAAGCACGACGAAGCCUGGAUGAUCCUCAAACAAAUCCACGACACCAACAUGAGAGCGCGUGGGCAGCCGGAGAAAGUCUUCAGCGUUAACAGGAUAAAGAUCCCAAAGCAGCUCGAUGAAUUGGUUGAAUUGGAGUCUGAAUCAGGAAAUCCAGUUUCCAAGGCGAUUUUCCGGAUGAAGGCUGAAAUCCAUGGGAUUUACCUGAAUCUCAUGAAGUGCUUCGACUACCCAAUGCGAGAAAAUAUGAUACGACUCUCCAUAGUGUGGUUCACGUUGUCUUUCGGGUAUUACGGUCUGUCUGUCUGGUUCCCCGAUGUCAUCAAACAUCUCCAGGCGGACGAAUAUGCCUCCAAAGUGCAAAUUCACAACAACGAACGCAUCGAAGACUUCACCUUCAACUUUACCCUCGAGAACCAAAUACACAAAAAUGGACUUUUCAUCAAUGAUCGAUUCAUCAACAUGAAACUCAAAUCCGUCACCUUUGUUGACUCAACUUUUCGUAACUGCCACUUUGACGACGUCACAUCGGUGGGAUCCUAUUUCCAUAAUUGUACUUUCAUUGACGCAUUCUUCUUUAAUACAGACAUUGACGACUCAAAGCUGAUUGAUGGCACCGAGGUGGUCAACAGCACGUUCACCCACAAUAAAACGGGAUGUCAGAUGACGUUUGAUGACGAUUAUAGCGCCUACUGGGUUUACUUUAUCAACUUCUUGGGAACCUUGGCCGUUCUACCCGGGAACAUCGUGUCUGCACUUCUUAUGGAUAAAACAGGCCGUUUGUCCAUGUUAGGUGGCUCCAUGGUGUUGUCAGGCAUCAGCUGCUUCUUUUUGUGGUUUGGCACCAGUGAGUCCAUGAUGAUUUUCAUGCUGUGCCUUUACAACGGCCUGAGUAUCUCUGCCUGGAACUCUCUAGACGUGGUCACAACGGAAUCUUUUCCGACUGCCAGGAGAGGAACAGGAUUUGGAUUCUGCAACGCCCUGUGCAAGAUGGCCGCAGUACUGGGGAACCUGAUUUUCGGUUCUCUAGUUGGCAUCACAAAGGCCAUCCCCAUCCUAAUGGCAUCUUCAGUUCUAGUGGGGGGAGGUCUGGUUGGCCUCCGAUUGCCUGACACCAGGGCCAAUGUCCUUAUGUAACGCCAGUCCUGGAGCUUAAGGGUGCUGAGAGAUCAUAGCGUAAGGAGUGCAAGUGGCUUGCAUCAUACAUGCAGUGGGUAUAAAAAGUUGACACGCCCGUGUUCCACCACUAACGUGAAUCUCCUGCACGACUCCAUUUGAAACAAAAACAAGAUUUAAUCAUCAGAGGCGCUUCAAAUGUUAUUUGGCUGCGGACCUCUAUCAAACAUGAGUUUUAACGUAAUUGGCUAAUUCUGAAAACAACCACAUCCCCACUUCUAAGAGGGUGUGCACACUUGUGCAACUUCAUUAUUUUACUUGUUUAUUUGUACCUCCCUUCUCUAAAAUAUUUUUGGGGAGUUGUGCAACGUAUUGUAUUUUGAAAUGAUUGAUAGUCCAUCACAAAAUCCUGGUCAUUUAAAAGAAAUGCUUUUUAUACCCACUGUAGCUUAACUGUUUUAAUCAUAUCUAGCUGAUACAGUAAGUAAAGCAAUGCAGCAAUUUACCAGUCGGCAGUACAAAAUUCCUCGCAAUUUAAGUAAUUUUGUGCAUGUUCUGUAUAGACAUUUUUGCAAAUUAAGGCUGACAAUUGCACAUAUUUCCUGCUUAAAUUGAGGUUUUAGUUGAUCUAAGAAGGGAUCCCCGUUCCAGCCGGCAUCUUCUACGGUGUGAUCGCAUCGCUUAAACUCGAGGCUUUUAAUAUUAAUAGUCUUAUUAAGAGGAACCAGAUGGGGAGAAAAGUGCAAAACAAGCUAUAAUGAGCUCAGCCAACCUGCUGUGUGAUAACGGAGGGAAUAGAUGAUCUGACAGAGCGGACACACUACGCAGAGGCACAGCAGCUGCUAUUCUCGCAAACAUGUUGCAGAUGGUCAGGCAGAGGGCAAACAGGUGCAACUUAAAAGGACAUGAAAGCUCACAUAUAGACACACUUUCAGCUUGGACUCUACUCAACAUUUGCAUUACUCGAUCUAAAGGUUCUCCAAAGUAGAUGCAGGAUAGCAAGCCCGUUGCAUUACCUGCCAAUGUAGAAUUAAAUAAUAAUACUUGGAAAUAUAUACUAUUUUUUUCUUGCACUAAUAACCUUGGAAUGAUGAUGGUCUAUAUUGAAUUCCUCUCAGUUCUCUUCCUCUGAAUUUGUGGCAGUAACCUACAGUCAUGACAAAAAACAAAUACUCAAUGCCUUUUUAACUGUGCCUCUCCUGAGUUGGAGCAGUCUACCCAUAGUCACGUGGUAUCUUGAGGUUGUAGGACAGAAUCUGAAUCAUAUAUAGUCCAGUACCAUCUUGUUCUUUAGACGUUAACCCAAACAUAUAAAUGUAUUUUAAUAAUAACACUUUUAACAAAAUACAGUAAUAUCAAUUAAUAUAUUUCUAUUUAUUUGUGUGAUACUAUUAAUAUUUCAAAAUAAAUUGCAUAGUUUAAUUUAUGGAUAUGAUAUAUUGCAGCUUAAUGAAUGAUUCUUGAUAACCGGCAAAAACAAAUUUUUGUUCAUUUCGUCUAAAUCCAAGCUAAGCUUAUACAUGGCUCACACACAAUGUGUACUCUGAUUUGUCGUCGUGUUUUAAGUAUUACUAAAGCUAAAAUGUGAUACGCAUACAAAUGCAGUGAUAUAAAAGCUGUACUAUUUCUUCUAGUGUUGAUGAAGCAGAAAUAUUCAUGCCAUGGCUAGUUGCAACCUGUUGGAGAGAGAAUCAUUUUCUGACAUUUAUUUUGUUUGAGGUAUCGGGGCAUUUGUUAAAUGUACUUUAUCUGUGUGAGAGUGUGGGGUAUGUAAGCAUGCAUGUGUGUACAUAUAAUUGUGUGCAUUCCAGAGUGUAAAUAGUGUACAUAAUAAAAGCUGAUAUUAGAGGAGGUGUGGGAUUAUUGUGUAAAAGCAAUUUUGAUUGUGUCGUGUGCCAGCUGCUAUGUCCAUGAUGUGCAUCACUGUGAGUCCUUGGCUUCAAAUCCUUAUCCAAAUGCCACUCUCCUUCUCCUGUACUCUGUGUGCUUGUGUUGCAUGUAGAAAAUCUAUUAUGUGGUAUAUUUUUGUUUUUGUUUUAAUCCUUUUACCUGAAAACAAUAGCAAUAUUCAGAUGUUUGUUGAAGAAAAAUGUGAAUGUAUCAGUCUUGUAAGUUCUGUCUGUCCAUUUUAUGGAGGCAAUCAAAUCGUAUAUGGACAACGAAGUUGUGUGUCUUUGUGAGUAUUGGGCCUGCCUGUUAUUGCUGCAAGUAGCUGUUCUGAGGUCCAAGUGUGAAAAUAUGUUAAGAAGUCAAAAGGGUGGAAUUGCAGUCCGUGUUGCUUUCAAAAAUAUAUCAAAUAAAAAUUAUGUUUUC